UGUUUGCUGUCCCCCCCUAUAUCAUCCCGUCCAGAUGUGAGCUCCCAGUUACAGACAACUCGCCGUCGGAGAAGACUGUCACUUCUUGGAUCUGUACAUCUAACUCAGCAGCAGAAAUGAAUGUCAAAUACGUUGUGGCACUGAUCCUGGCUCUGCAGGUUUCUGUGAGCGUCUGCGAUGUUCCUGAACCAUCGCAGGAGCUUGUUGAUAAGUACAAUCAGAUGAGGUCUACCUUCAUGAGCAGAAUAAUGGUCCUCUACAACAAGGUGCAGGAGGCUGCUGCUCCCAUGGUGGAGAGCGCUGGACAAAACGAUCAGACAUCACUUAUUAAAACUUUCAUCGAGGACAUGCAGGAGAAACCUGAGGCCCAAGCUCUGAUCAAGUUCCUAAGCGGCCUGACCCAAGAGGCAAGCCCCCUGGUGGAUAAGGCCCGUUUAAGCCUUCUGGGUCUUUACGAGAAAUAUUUGCGUCCCAACCAUGGUGACUCACUGGACAGUUUCAUCAACAACCACCUCAAGCCUUUCCUGGACACAGUCGCGCCAGUUCCUGCACAGUAAAGAAGACCAACCGCCUGUCAGCAGCCUGCAUUAGACGAUAGCUCAUAGAAAGUGAACAAGUUUAGGCAGAGAAAAGAAGAUUAAUGCACAGAGCAAAUACCAUCCCUUGCCUCUUUUCAAAUUACCAUCCUUGAUGAAUCAUGCAAAGUUAAACACCACGUUUGCAAAUCGUGCAUGUGUAGUAUUUUGUGUUUGAUUCACUAACCAAAGUGAGACUCUGUGUUUAUGUGUGAGUUUGUUCAUUAAAACUAACUGAAUAUUA